GAAAAAAAACAAAUUAAGACAGAAAAAAAGGAAAACUGAGGAAACCCAAUAAGCAGCGAUCGAAGCUUUAACACAGAAGAGCGAAAAGCUCAGACAUUCAAAUCCGACCGGGCAAUACGAGAAAGACACGAAGAGAAUCCAAGAUUCUGGGUCACAGGAAAUUGAAGCAAUACACACGAGUUCGGAGCGAAGAAUCAUUAGUUUCAUUGAAGUUGGGGAGAGGCUUCGUUGCGCUGUUUCUUCCUCGAGAGGGAAAAAUGAUUUGGUGACCCAAAAAGCUAGGGAUU